AUGGCUCAAGACUUGGCUGCAAUGCGUUCGUUGCCUGAACGUAUCUCGUUUCCUGAUGAAGAAUUAAAGAUUUUAAAUCUUUGGGAAAGUAUUAAUGCUUUUCAUAAAUCCCUUGAACUAUCGAAAGACCGUAAACCAUUUACAUUUUACGAUGGUCCACCUUUUGCUACGGGUUUGCCACAUCAUGGACAUAUUUUAGCUGGCACGAUUAAAGACACAGUCACUCGUUAUGCUCAUCAAACGGGUCAUUAUGUAGAACGUCGCUUUGGAUGGGAUUGUCAUGGACUUCCGGUUGAAAAUGAAAUUAAUAAAAAAUUGGGUGUAAGUACAAAGGAACAAGUGUUUGAAAUGGGCAUUGACAAGUACAAUGCGGAGUGUCGUAGCAUUGUACAGCGGUAUACAAAUGAAUGGGAACGUGUUGUUAAGCGUAUUGGUCGUUGGAUUGAUUGUGAGAAUGAUUAUAAGACGAUGGAACCAUGGUACAUGGAAUCAGUUUGGAAUGUCUUUCGUACUAUUUUUGAUAAGGAUCUAAUUUAUCGAGGGUACAAAAUUCUACCUUACUCGACAGCUUGUACUACAUCACUUUCGAACUUUGAAGCGAAUUUAGAUUAUCGUGAUACCCCGGAUCCAUCUGUAGUUGUGACUUUUCCAUUACUUGAUGAACCAGACGUUGCUUUAUUAGCUUGGACUACGACUCCAUGGACAUUACCAUCAAAUUUAGCAUUAUGUGUGAAUGAAUCAUUAGAUUAUGUCAAAAUUAAGGAUUUGAAAACAAACAAAAUGUACGUAUUAGGUGAAACGCGAUUAUGUCAAGUGUACCCCAAGAUGACGAAAAAGGGUUACAAAGGUGGAGACUUUGAAAUUUUAGACAAAAUGAAAGGAUCGACUCUUGUGGGAAAGAAGUAUGUGCCAUUAUUUGAAUGUUAUCAAGAUUGGCCUAAUGCAUUUCGUGUUCUUGGUGAUAAUUACGUCUCGGAUUCAAAUGGAACUGGAAUUGUUCAUCAAGCUCCUACUUUUGGUGAAGAUGAUUAUCGAGUUUGUGUUCGUGAAGGUGUAACUGAUAAAUUUACAUUACCAGAUCCACUUGAUGACAAUGGCAUUUUUACUGAGAUUGUUCCACUUGUUCAAGGACUUUAUGUGAAAAAAGCUGAUGAUGUGAUUUGUCAGGAUCUUAAAGCACGUGGUCGUCUUGUUUCAAAAGGAACUGAGGUACAUAGUUAUCCAUUUUGCUAUCGAUCAGGUACACCAUUGAUCUACCGUGCUAUUCCUGGAUGGUUUGUUAAUGUUGAACGUAUUCGUGAUCGGAUUGUCGCGAAUAAUAAAUUGACAUAUUGGGUACCAAGUUUUGUACAAGAGAAACGCUUUCAUAAUUGGUUAGUUGAUGGCAAAGAUUGGAAUAUUUCUCGUGGUCGUUUUUGGGGUACUCCUCUUCCAUUAUGGGUAAGUGAUGAUUAUGAAGAAGUUGUUUGUGUGGGAUCGAUAGCAGAACUUGAAACACUUACAGGUGAAAAAGUAACAGAUUUACAUCGUGAGUUUAUUGAUCAUUUAACAAUUCCAUCAAAAAAAGGAAAAGGAAUAUUACAUCGAGUUCCAGAAGUUUUUGAUUGUUGGUUUGAAAGUGGUUCAAUGCCAUAUGCACAACAACAUUAUCCGUUUGAAAAUCAAUUGAAAUUUGAAAAGACCUUUCCAGCUGAUUUUGUAGCAGAAGGACUUGAUCAAACACGUGGAUGGUUUUAUACUUUAAUGGUUUUAUCUACUGCACUUUUUGAUAAACCAGCAUUUCAAAAUCUUAUUGUCAAUGGUCUUGUACUUGCUGAAGAUGGUCGAAAGAUGAGUAAAAGUUUAAAAAACUUUACAGAUCCAGAAGAAAUUUUACAACAAUAUGGAGCUGAUGCACUUCGUUUGUAUUUGAUUAAUUCACCAGUUGUACGGGCUGAACCUUUAAAGUUUCAACCUUUGGGUGUUUUUGGUGUCAUUCGAGAGAUUUUCUUACCUUGGUUUAAUUCUGCACGGUUCUUUGCUCAACAAGCUACACGUUUACAACUAGAGACUGGAAUAUCGUUCGUGCCUGAUCGAGAAUCUGCUUUAGCAUCAACAAAUGUAAUGGAUUCCUGGAUUCUUGCUGCUCUUCAUAAUCUCAUUAAAUUUGUACAUGAAGAAAUGAAAGCUUAUCGUCUUUAUACGGUCGUACCACGUCUUGUGAACUUUAUUGAACAACUCACAAAUUGGUAUGUGCGUUUGAAUCGUCCUCGUUUAAAAGGAAGUGCUGGUAGUACUGAAGCUGCAAUUGCUCUUUCGACAUUAUAUGAAGUUGAGUACAAUCUUGCAAAGCUUAUGGCACCUUUCACUCCAUUCUUUACAGAGUAUAUGUAUCAAUUUCUUCGUCAAUUCCAUCCCAAUGUUGUGACAUCAAGUGGUCAAGAUUUCGCAGAAGAUGUCGAUGGAGUAUCGUUAAGUAUUCAUUUUCUUAUGCUUCCUGACUUUGAUGCACGUCGUGUGGAUAAUGAUGUUGAAGUAUUGAUGAAGAAUUUGCAAUGUGUGAUUGAAAUGGGUCGAAUUGUACGUGAGCGUCGUAUGAUUUCAUUAAAAAAUCCUGUGAAGAAAGUUAUUGUCGUUUCGAAUCAACAAGAAACACUCGACGGUCUCUCUCGUCUUCAAACGUACCUUCAUGAUGAGUUAAAUAUGCGAGAUCUUGAAUUCUCGACUGAUGAAAAGAAAUGGUGUGUACUUAAAGCAGAAACAAAUAGUCGUGUUCUUGGUCGACGAUUGGGUAAAGCUUUAGCAAGUGUGAAGACACAAGUUGCUCAAAUGACACACGAUGACGUUGCUGCGUAUUUGUCGAGUAGAUGUGUUACAAUUGAUGGACAUGUGUUAAAGGGUGAAGAUUUGAUAGUUAAAAGAGAUUUUCAAGGUGAUUCGACAAUCUUUGAAGCCAAUGUAUCAUCGGAAGGAAAUCUUAUGGUGAUUAUUGAUACACGAGAAGAUGAAGAGCUGAAGAUGCAAGGAUGUGCACGGGAAGUUAUUACACGCGUUCAGAAAUUACGUAAGAAAGCAGGUCUUGUUGUUCAGGACAAGAUUCAUGUAUUUUAUCAAGAACAAGGAAGUGAAAAGGGCCCGAUUACCACAGCAAUUCAAACGUUUCAAACUAUGAUUGCAUCAGCAUUAGGAACGACACCUGUUCCACUAUCGCUUCAGCCUCCAUACAGUGUGACAAUUGUAUCGGAAGAAGCACAAUUUGCAGAUUCUAGCAUUAUGUUUGUCGUCGCUCGUCCUGCUGUCUUUUUUGCUUCAACGGAUGUAUUAGCAAAGCAUGAAUCGAUCAUCUCAAUUGAAGAAUUGAAAGCUUACGUGAGUUCGAUGAGAUUUCAAGAUGUUCAAGCUGCGUUGGAGUCGAUUGAUGGUUCGCUUACUGUACGAACGGUAAAAGGAGAGACAACAUUACAAGGUAAUGUGGACGUGUUUCUAGAUGCAAUGGCAUUAGCUAAAGCAUUGUAG